AUGUCCCUUAGCAGGUUCCACAGACGGGCUUCCGUGUUUGUGGUAGAAGGCUUUUCUCUACCACUCUGAGGUGGAGUUGAGAGGUUUGCACUGCUGAUAGGGUAGCAGCGAAGACGGUGGAUAAGACUAUUCGCCUCACCAAACUGCACCAAACGAACGAGACUGAUUCCAGGAAGUAAGGGGCUUGAGGAUCGUGUAUCGUGGGAUGAUAGUGGAGGAGGGAGAAGGAGGUCCACAAAGGAUUGUGUGGAGGUAAGAAGGAAAGAGAGGUUGAGGUAG